AUGCGCGGAUUGGCAUCAUAUCGGCGGUUCUUAACUUGGUCGAAUUUUCGCGUAUUUUCGUCAUCGUCCGCCGAGCACAUCGACGAGGAUUUAUUGGAGAGCAUCAAGCAGAGAAUCGAGCGCAAUCGGCGAAUUUUGAAGAAACACUCGGCUUCGCAUUUCAAAGCGCGCGAGAUCAGCGCAUCGAUCGGCAACCUUCGACAAUCGAUGGCGUCGGUUCAGAAGAAGCAGAAAGCGGCGAUGGAGCCGGCGGCGAACUCGAUCGUCAACAUUCCGAAUCAAGUGUCGAUUGAGAUUCUCGGCAACGCCACCGGCCUUUUAAGGGCGUGCGUUGUGAUCCGAACGCCGCUCAAAACCUACAUGUUCAAUUGUCCGGAGAACGCGUGCCGAUUCAUGUGGCAGCUCAGAUUGCGGGCUUCGAACAUUGUCGACAUCUUCGUUACCGCUGCAACAUGGGACAACAUUGCUGGAAUCUCGUCGAUUCUGCUCGCGAAAGAAUCGAGCGCGAUGACGACGCGACUGCACGGCGCGAUGAACGUCAAACAUUUUCUCGAGUGCAUUCGACCGUUUCAAGACUCGGACUACGGUAGUUGCAAAUAUCCAUCGCAGGUUGAAGAACGACCGUACACGAUGGAGAGCUAUGAGGAUGCCGGUGUCAAGGUCUCGUAUAUUCCGCUGAGUCCGCCUUUGGAUAUGCAGAAGGAGAAGAAUGGGCGACGAAGCGACGGGCGAAUGAAGCGGAAUUCCGAAGUCGACGUCGCAUUUUUGGUGGAAUUGAAGCCGCCGCCUCGUCGAGUCGAUCCGCUGAAAUUGAUGGAGAAAAAGGUGCCGAAAGGCCCAUUGAUUGGGAAGCUGAAAAUGGGUGAAACGGUGACGUUGCCCGAUGGGCGGACCAUCGAACCCGGCGAGAUUCUGUCGGACGCUCAAACCGGAACCGAAUUGCCGAUUGUGCUGGUGGCUGAAUGCGAUAGCGAGGAGCACGCGAAGGCUUUGCUCGAAUCAACCGCAAUUCAGGCGAUUCUGAGCGGCGAAAAACAUUUGGAUUAUUUCGUCCAUCUGAGCAGCGACAAAGUGACAUCGAGCGAAUCGUACAAGAAGCUUCUCUCGGCGAUCGACGCCGGAAACGAGGUGUCGAAGCGAAAAACGCGACAUUUGCUGGUGAACGAGACGAAUCCGUGGAUUCCGUCGGUCGAGAGCGUCUACAAGCACACGAAAUUGUUGAAUCACAUCGCGCCGCGACUGUUUCCCAACCUUCAUCCGCUCGAAUGGAGCGGACUCGUCGCACAGAACGACGAAUUGAGCGUCGAUGAUGGGCGAUUCGUGCGCGUCGCGCCGCUUCAACGAUUCUGGAUGAGGCGACCCGCUUAUUUUCAAGAAGAGCCCAUCAUAAUGGAUUUGAGGGAUGUCGAGAUGAAUUUCAGCGAGAGCGCUCAAAAAUUGAUUGGCGAUUUUCAGAAUGAGCAAUCGCUCGUGGAGCCGACGUGCGAAUAUCCGAUUGUAACAUUCCUUGGGACCUCGUCAGCGGUACCAUCGAAAUACCGAAAUGUGACGGGCUAUUUGAUCGAAGCGUCGAAACAAAGCGCGUUUCUUUUGGAUGUUGGCGAAGGAACCUACGGGCAAAUGAGGGCCAUAUUUGGAGAGGAACAAUGCAAAAAUAUGUUGACGAAUUUGCACUGUGUCAUGAUUACUCAUGCUCAUCAGGAUCACAUGAACGGGCUUUAUACGAUUAUUUAUCGAAGGAAAGAAGCUUUUGAGGAAUUGGGACUCCCAUACAAACCGCUGAUAUUGGUGUGCAAUCGAAAUGUGAUGAAGCCGUUGAAGACGUACUCGAUAUGCUUCGAGAACAUCGAAUCGCUCAUCGAGCUCGUCGACAUCUCGCGCCAUCCGAUCACGCCGCCGUCGAGUCCCAACGGAGCAUCAGCUAGCAAACGGCCGAGAUUGCCGAGUCCGCAUUUGCCGCCGGCGCGAAAUAUCCUCGCGCAGAUAUCGCAUGAUAUGACCAAAUAUGGGCUCACCGAGCUCAAAGCAGUACAGGUUCAUCACACCCGAAUGGCGAACGGCUACGUGUUGGGUGUCGCCGGAAAACGGCUCGUGUUUUCCGGCGACACGAAACCGUGCGAUUUGCUGUGCGACGAGGGCAAAAAUGCGGAUUUGCUCGUUCACGAGGCCACAUUCGAAGAUGGACACGAGGCGGAUGCGCUCAAAAAACGCCAUUCGACAAUGGGCCAGGCGGUCGACGUCGGGCAGAAAAUGAGCGCGCGACACGUGAUUCUGACGCAUUUCAGCGCGCGCUAUCCGAAAGUGCCGGUGUUGCCGGAAUAUCUCGACGAGAAGCGCGUCGGUGUCGCGAUGGACAUGCUUCGAGUCCGAUUCGACCAUUUGCACCUUCUUCACAAGCUCAUUCCCAUUUAUAGAGAGAUUUUCGUUGAAGAGUUAUUUGAAUUGACGGUUCGAAAAGAGCAGCGAAUGUUCAAAGAGCAGGAAUUGGAGAAGAAACGAGCCCUUGUUACUCAUUAA